AUGGCAUGUUGCGGUCCCAAGCUCACACCCCGGACGGCCUUGGCCAAGUAUGCCGAAGCACUGAGGGGCCAGCCAGAGGACGAGCUGCCCACGCUCUUCCCCAUGUACACGGUGCCACUGGAGACCUUACUGGAGAUGACGAGGAUCGAGCCUCAUGAGGAGCUGAAGGCCAGGGAUGUGCUGGUUGAGUACCGAGGGUCCAUGGGCAACGUAGGAUUUAUCUCGCACCAGUGGGUUGGCGUGGGCCACCCGGACCCAGAAAGCAAGCAGAUGCGGAUCUUCCAAGAGGCGCUGAAGGCAGCCAGAGAUGACGUGAAGAUGAGGAGCAUCUCCCCGGACAUCGUUUCUGAAAUCAACAAUCCGAAGAUAAGGCCCUUUCCAACUGCCAGGCUCUUCUCGGAACCCCUCUUCUUUUGGUACGACUAUUUCUCGAUCCCACAAAAAGCAGAGCACCCAUGCGAACAGCUCGACGCUAUCAACAGCAUACAAGCCUACGUAGACAAGUGCUCCUUCUUCUUUGCACUGGUGCCGGUGCUGGAGAGUUCCAGCUCAAUGGCCUUGCUGUCACCUCUGACCUGGCAAGGACGAGGCUGGUGUCGAUUGGAAAAAGCCGUCCGAGAGCUAUCCCACGAUCCCUCUUGGAUCAUGGUGAAGGGACCAAGGGACAUGCAGUUUAUAUCGGAUGUCUUGGCAUCUUCCCGUGCUGGCUCGGGGCCGGUGGGCGAAGGAGCCUUCACCGUGCAGGAGGAUUGCCUCAAGCUAAGACCAGUUCUGAUGACCGUGCUGAAGCGCAAGUUGAUCAGGCUGCUGAAAUCCAAAGAUUUCGCAGGCUAUCGUGCAUUGCUGAACCAGCAAAGCACGAUACUGACUGGAAUGGGCUGUGACUUCGAACCGCUCCUCGAAAUGGAGAACUCGGACGAUCCGCAUGGACAGGAUCGGAGUAAUACCCUGAUGUUCUUGCACCAAAAUGGCUUUUCAACCAUCAGGACGAAGGAUUCAUGUGGAUGGUUCCCCAUUCAUUACGCAGCCCUGGUUGGCGACGCAUCGCUGGUUCAGGACUUGCUGGCACUUGAGGCAGACCCGAACCAAGGUACUAAGAAGGCGCAUCCAAACCUUGGUUUUGAGGCUGGAACUCCGCCUCUUUCCAUCUCCUGCUACUUCAGAAAGAACGAGGUGGUGAGGUUGCUGCUCUCCGUGAGAGCUAGCUUCGACAGCUUGGGUCCCAUUAUUCAUUACCCUCUGAAUUGCGCAGCCGCUGUGAACAAUGCAGAGGCGGUGCAGAUUCUUUGCGAAGCCGGGUGCAGCCCGCUGCAGAGAAAUGCCUUGGGUCACAGUUGCAUAGAGACGGCUGCCAGCUGGGGGCUCGGGCUUGAAGCCAUGGAGGAGCUUGUCAGACAGGCGAGCAUUGCGGGUGCUGUAGAUAAGAUUGACCCAACGCCAGCUCUGUAUCUCGCAGCCAUCAGUUGGGGCGGUGCUGAGGUGGUACAGCGCUUGGUUGCAAUGAGGGCAGAUGUGAACGCUCAGACGGCAGAUGAGCCAGCAAAACGCACAUUGCUCAUGCGAGCAAUGUAUACAGCAGUGCUUUGGCAGCACAGGUUCCACAAGGUUACAGCAACAAGCACAUUUCUCUAUCAUGCAAGAGGCGGAACCGCUUUGAUGCUGGCGUUAGUGACCGGGAACUACGAAUUUGCUGCAGCUCUGAUAGCUGCAGGGGCCCAGCUGAUUCCACGAAAUGCUCGUGGGUUUUCUGCAGCAGACUUGGUGUCAAAACAUUCGGCACCAGACUUCCUUGCUGAGGCGUUCGAAGGAAGGGUGGAAGCAUGCCGGAGAGUGGCGGAAUUGGCAUGUGGCUGGGUCAAGAUGGCCUUUUGA